AUGCCACGCAAACAAAGCAAUGGCAAUCAUAAAAGAGAAGUCGCCAUUCCUCGACCUAGUUCUAGUGUGAUUCUUGUCUCUCCCACAAACGAAGUUCUUCUGCUUCACCGCGUGCAUACUUCUACCUCCUUUGCAUCUGCUCAUGUCUUUCCAGGCGGAAACCUCUCAGAUCAGGAUGGUCCAUGUCCUCCCCCGGAGGACCACACGCGACACGACGAUGCGCCCCAUUACCGUAGAGCGGCAAUCAGGGAGCUGUUUGAAGAGAGUGGAAUCCUUCUCGCCAAGAACCAGACCACAGGCAAGAUGCUCGUGGUCGACGAGAAAACUAGGGAUCAAGGCCGAGCCUUGAUUCACCAAAAUAAACUUACUUUCGACGAGUGGCUGAAGCAGCAGCAUUCAGAAGCUGAGCCUGAUACAGCUAACUCUUCUGAAGACAAAUUGGUCCCUUUCACUCGCUGGGUGACACCUACAAACGUCCCCAAGCGGUAUACGACCCAGAUGUACAUAUACUUUAUGCCACUACCCGUUGAUGUGGACAAAGAACUUCUUGAAGAACUUCCCACAGAAGGUGAACGUGAAGAAAUCCAGGUUCCAUCUAGCGACGGCGGUAUCGAGGUAACCGAGGCCCAGUUUCUUCCAGCUUCUGAGUGGCUUCGCCGAGCUCAAAGUGGGGAGAUUAUUCUUUUCCCUCCUCAAUUCCUUCUCUUGGAUGUUGUAUCUGGAUUCUUGGACCAGGAGCCCCGAUCAGAUGCAUCCUUAGAAGUACUCAAGAAACGACGGGCAGCGUUGCUCGGUUUUAUCCAUUCAGGCUCCCCACCAUGGACAGAUAAGGUUAUUGCGCCCAAAUUGCUUAAAAUGACAGAAGAUGGACGCUCAGUGCUGGCACUUGACGAUUCUGGGCCUGAGCUGAAAGGAUCCGGACGACGAGGCGAGCCAGAUCGGGUUGUAGUCUUGAAGUUCAAGAAGGAGGGCGCAAGAGAGGUGCGAGUAGCAUGGAAGAAGGAUAUUAUGCAAGAAGAACGGAGCAAUCUUUGA